GCGUUUGUUUUUAUCCGCGGUGUCACGCAGGUAGUCAGGGAAGUGGUGGGCGUUCCUCCGUGUCAGAUCGCAGUCUAUUGAUGAGAAGAUCUUUCUCCUCCACCACCAGCUCUCCCGAUGUUUCUUCCUACGCUUGUAGAGGACAUGCAUCAUUUUAAACCCAGUCGAGACAGACUGUACACCACCAGGUGUUGUGGAUGUUGCCAUGUUCGGACGGGGACCAUCAUCCUGGGAACAUGGUACAUGGUCGUCAACUUGUUGAUGGGCAUCCUGCUGACUGUGGCUGUGACCCACCCAGAGAACGUCCCCACUAUUGACUUGCAGUAUGAGGUCAUCGACCAUUACUUUGCCUCAGACAGGAUGUCUGAGAACGCCUGUGUUGGAUUCGCCAUCUCUCUGCUGAUGCUCACUAUCAGUGCCAUGAUGGUGUAUGGAGCCAUUACUCAUCGUGACGGCUGGCUCAUCCCAUUCUUCUGCUACCAGCUGUUUGACUUUGCUCUGAGCUGCCUGGUGGCCAUCAGCUCUCUCACCUACCUACCAAGGAUCAAGGACUACCUGGACCAGCUGCCCGACUUCCCAUACAAGGACAACCUCCUCUCUAUGGACUCCAGCUGCCUGCUGCUCUUUGUGCUCGUCUUCUUUGCCUUCCUCAUCAUCCUCAAGGCCUAUUUGAUCAACUGUGUGUGGAACUGCUACAAGUACAUCAACAACAGGAACAUGCCAGAGAUUGCCGUCUACCCUGCCUUUGAGACCCCUCCUCAGUACAUCCUGCCUACUUACGAGAUGGCGAUGAAGAUGCCAGAGAAGGAGCCACCUCCCCCUUACAUGCCCGCUUAAGCACCAGCCCUGUUGCCAAAACACAUGCACAUGCACAUGCACACACACCACCAUAUGCAUUCCUACCUUCCCUCACUAACCCCUUUCUGAACACCACUAUGCCCUUAUCCUCCCUCCCACUCUCCCUCUCUGACCUACUGUGUAUAUGUAAGGCCACUGAAAAUGUUUUGUUCAACCCUUCCGUCUGUGUUUCUGUAGAGCAUCCUGGAGGUGUGAGAGGAGAACGGUGGGAAAGACUGAAAUCUGAAUGAAUGAAUGUGAUGUUUGACUUGUAACAGAAGCUACCAGCCCCCCUCUCUGGCCUUUUUUAUGUCUUAGUAAAAGGGAUACAUGUGAAAAAUUAAAUUGCUUGAAAAUGCUAUCAUCAAUCCAGCACCAUCCUAUCUAUAGAUUGAUAUAUGAAGUGUAAAAAAAAAAAGCUAUUAUGACAAUCCACUUAUUAUUAUAGCUCUUAUUGUUGAAUUGUGUUACUUUUCCCCUCCUGAUUAUUAAGAUCUAGACUAUUCCAGCUCAGUCUUGAUGGAGUCUGUAGCACCUUUUGUCUGUUAUUUAUUUAGCCUUGCUGUGGUUCAGUUCACCACCACCCCUGACAUUUUCAUCACUUGCCGCUGCUGUUAUUUGUUGGCAAAGCUACUGAAAAGUUUUCCAGACAGCAGAAGGCACUGAUGAUGGAUCAUUUUCUCUGCUUCGUUCUCACCUGACAUCUGGAGCAAUCAGCUAGUCUUGUGAACAUUUAGUAGUUGCAUGCUUAUCGACAACCCCGCCCCCCCUUGUUACUUUAAUGGUAAUAUGAUUUUAUCCUAGUGGAAAAACAUUUGACUUCAAUAAAAGUUUCAGAACAUUUA